CAAACAAAAACAAGGAUAAGAGAGAGAAAGAGUGUUGAGGGAGAGAGAGUGGUGCGUUUUUCUUUCUUCCUUCCUUUUUUUUUUUUUUUUUUCUUUCUUUUUUUCUUUUUAGAGAGAGCAAUUUGAGGUUUUGGGGGCAUGGAAGGGCUGGCCAUGCUGAAGCAGCUCAUCGGUCAGCUUCAGCAUCUCUUGGACUCUUACCACUCUCAUCAUCAUCAUAAUCAUAAUCAUAAUCAUAAUCAUAAUCAUUCUUCUUCCCCUUCUUCUUUAAUCCUUCAACCUUCUCAUCACACACUUCUCUUUCAACAACGCCCCAGAUGGACCUCCCUUGACAUUGAAGAUAGCUCUGGAGAUGACUCUUGUGGCCUUGUAAUGUCAGCUGGAAAGUCUGAUAGUUUCAGGAUGUCUGAGCCUUUAAAGUCUCCACCUACUAAGAAGCCUCGAAGAGAUCGAAGCAGGGGAAAAUCAUCUGGAAGGUCCUGUACAACUGAGGUUAUGGAACAAGAAAUUUGGAAAGAUUUUCCUGAAGAUUUAUUUGAGUCUGUGAUUGCACGACUUCCCAUUGCUACAUUUUUCCGUUUCCGCUCUGUAUGCCGGCAAUGGAAUUCCUUGCUGACUUCUCAAAGUUUUUCUGAGCAUUGUGCUCAAGUACCAAAAGAAAAUCCAUGGUUUUACACCAUAUCCCAUGGAACUAUGAAUACAGGAGCCAUGUAUGACCCUUCUUUGAACAAAUGGCGUCAUCCUGCUAUAUCAACAGUGCCCACAAAGUCGAUUGUUUUACCAGUGGCUUCUACAGGGGGUUUAGUUUGCUUUCUUGACAUUGGUCAUCAAUACUUCUAUGUUUGUAAUCCACUGACUCAAUCCUUCAAGGAGUUGCCAGCUCGGUCAUUUAAGGUCUGGUCUCGAGUUGCUGUAGGGAUGACAAUAAAUGGAAACUCAACUGGUUCAGGCUACAAGAUCCUAUGGGUGGGUUGUGAUGGAGAAUAUGAAGUUUUUGACUCAGUGAGAAACUCUUGGAGUCGUCCAGGAAACAUGCCCGCAGGUGUGAAGCUGCCAUUGUCACUUAACUUCAGGUCACAAUCCGUCUCUAUUGACAGCACACUUUACUUCAUGCGUGCAGAUCCAGAAGGGAUUGUUUCCUAUGAUAUGGCAACUGGGGUUUGGAAACAGUACAUAAUCCCAGCUCCAUUGCAUCUGACUGACCACACACUGGCUCAGUGUGGUGACCAGAUCAUGCUUGUGGGUUUGCUCACGAAGAAUGCAGCCACAUGUGUAUGCAUAUGGGAGCUGCAGAAAAUGACACUCUUGUGGAAGGAGGUUGACAGAAUGCCAAACAUAUGGUGCUUGGACUUUUAUGGGAAGCCCGUUAGAAUGAUUUGCCUGGGGAAUAAAAGCUUGCUCAUGUUGUCCUUGAGAUCAAAACAAAUGAAUCGGUUGGUUACUUACAACAUAGCAAGAAAGGAAUGGCUGAAAGUUCCUGGGUGUGUGAUGCCGCGUGGGAGAAAACGACAGUGGAUAGCAUCUGGUACUGCAUUUCAUCCAUGCCUGACUGCAGUGGCCUGAUUUUGCUUGUAUCUCUUACUGCAAUGGCCUGUCAUUUUUUUCUCCAGUCUUGCGGUUCUUUGCAAUUUGCAAGCCUUUGGUGUUGAUGUAAUCCUAAUGGGUAUUGCUGGUUUAACAAAGUAGAUGAAAAAUAAUAUGGGUUUGUAGUGAUUCAUGUUUCUUCAUGCUCACAAGCAUGUAAACAUUACUUUGAUUUCAUGUUACGAAUGCUUCAUCCUCGAACUCCUUGGUAAAAGGUGAUAUAAAGCUGCAGCUUCUUUCUGUAUUCAAUAAGUGAAUGGUUUUCUUCUUGUAUUUGUGUGUUCUUUGGGGAGGGACGAGAGAGGAUCCUUGAUUAGUCUCUUGGUCUGGAAGGGUCUUUUGUUUCAGUAGUAGUUACUUUUCGGAUGGAAGAAAUUACUGUUUUUCUUUUCUUUUCUUUGUAAUUACUUCGAAGAUCGAGGUCCAUUCCCUGGUAGUAUCGUUCUCGUUUUCAAACUGGAAGGCCGAAACGUUGGAUCAAAAUUUGAUUGCCAAAUUCGAAUAGGAAACAACUGUGUUAUGCUGUGAAAUGCGUUGUCAAUCUGAACCUGUGACACAUGAUUUGCAUUUUUG